AUGACGUAUAAAGAGGAUUUAUCAGCUUUACAGGAGAGUAUUACUAGUGUUGCUAAGAAGUUGGAUACUCUCACUGACACUAUCACUAACUUCUGUGUUCUUGAUGAAGAUGCACAGAAUAAGAAGGCAGCUGAAAAGCUUUUGCAAAAAGAACAAGAAGGCACCGCUCUUGCUGACAGGCUUACCACAUCCUUGCGUACUCUAUUCACAGAAUUUUUUCCUCCAAAUCAUCAAAAUAAUGGCGCUGCGCCUCUUCCACCACCUCCACCACCACCUCCGGUUAAUCAUGGUGUUCAACAACUGCGACCUAACUCAGUUAAUAUCAAGUUCCCUACUUUCAAUGGUGAGGAUCCUGAUGACUGGAUUUUUAAUGUUGAUAAGUACUUUAGUGUAUAUAACAACUCUGAUGCUCUCAAAAUCAUUGUUGCUUGUGCUCAUCUAAAAGGAGAGGAUAAUAUUUGGUAUCGAUGGAAGAGAACCAGAGUUGUUGUUACAACAUGGGUAGAAUUCUACAAUUUAAUUCGUGCUCGAUUUAACCCUGACAAGUUUGUUGAUGCUCGCCUAGCCAUUAGCACCAUGGAUCAAAAAGGUACAGUUCAUCAACAUAUCUCUGAGUUUGAAAAAUUAUUGAACUUUGUUGAAUUUCCAGAAGAUUACUUGAUAAGUUGUUUUAUCCGUUUACUUAAACCACAUAUUGGGUCUGUGGUAAAACUGCUUGCACCCCAAACUUUGGAUAAGGCUUAUACUAAGGAAAUAUAUCAGGAAGCAGCUUAUGCAGCUACCAAGUUUGUCCCUAAACAACCAUAUCGUCCACCUAUAUUCAGAAGUCCAAUUCCUCCUCAACUAGCCCAACAACAUCAACAAACUUUUCCUCCGGGUUAUAGGAGAUUAUCACCAGAAGAACAAAGAGAAAAAAGAGCUAAGGGUAUUUGCUUCAAGUGUGAUCAGCCAUACAUACCAAAUCAUAUAUGUGUUAAUCCUCAGUUAACUAUCUUGGAUAUUGAGGAACCUACAACUAAACUUGCCAUACAAGCUGUGGAUUCUUUUUCUGCGACUGAAGUUGAUAAUUCAGUAGACGAUGAUUCUAGGGUUGAGGAUGUUCCUUCUAUUUCUCUAAAUUCACUCAUGGGUUCCCCCUUUUCUACUACAAUUCGUAUUACAGGUUCUUCUAAAGCUCAACCAAUUACAGUUCUAGUAGACUCUGGUUUUACUUACAAUUUUAUUAGCCCAUUGUUCGCCAAACAAUGUGGUUAUCACAUUCAAUCCAAAGAUACUUCUCUUCGUGUUACAGUGGGUGAUGGUGGCCAUAUACACACUCAAGGAACCUGUUUAAACAUACCAAUUCAGCUGCAAAAUCACAUGUUUUCAAUUGAUUUCCAUGUCUUCGUUGUUAGUGGAUGCGACGUUGUUCUAGGGGUUCAAUGGUUGCGCAAGUUAGGACCUAUUGAAUGGGAUUUUGAAAAAUUCUUAAUGAAGUUUAAAUAUGAUGGCGCAGACAUUCAAUUAUUUGGUAAUAACUCUUCUGCAUUGAUGGUCUUGGAUACUGCUCCAAUGCAGAAAUUGCUACGUAAAGAGGUGUAUGGGUUCUUUCUACAAUUAACUGCAGUACACAAUUCUGCAUUAAUUACUCCUUUAAUCGAAAACCCUGAAAUUAAGAAGUUGCUAUCUACCUUUCAAGAUGUGUUUGCAACACCAAUUUCUCUUCCUCCGAAAAGACUGCAUGAUCAUCGCAUUUCAUUACUACCAGAUUCUUCUCCUGUUAAUGUUCGUCCAUAUAGAUAUCCACAUUUUCAGAAGGAUGAGAUUUUAAAGAUUGUUUCAAAACUCAAGCAAGCAGGUUUCAUACGCCCAAGUUCUAGUCCAUUUUCUUCACCCAUAUUAAUGGUUCGUAAGAAAGAUGGGUCAUGGAGAAUGUGUGUAGAUUACAGGGCUUUAAACAAGUUGACAAUUAAAGAUCGAUAUCCUAUUCCUAUGGUGGAUGAGUUGUUAGAUGAACUUCAUGGUGUCGUUAUUUUCACAAAGCUUGAUUUACGUUCUGGCUAUUAUCAAAUACGUCUAUAUGGACCUGAUAUUCCUAAAACGGCAUUUAGAACUCAUGAUGGUCACUAUGAGUUUCUUGUCAUGCCUUUUGGGCUCUCCAAUGCGCCAGCUACCUUCCAAAUCUUGAUGAAUCAUAUAUUCAAACCAUACUUGAGAAAGUUUGUGCUCGUUUUUUUUGAUGAUAUAUUAAUUUAUAGCUCCAAUAUGCAAGAUCACAUUAAACACUUAUCCUUGGUGUUUGAAACACUUCGCCAGCAUCAGCUAUUUGUUAAAGAAUCCAAGUGCACCUUUGCACAACCAUCAGUGGGAUACCUUGGCCAUAUUAUCUCUUCUGAAGGAGUUGCGGUUGAGAAAGACAAGAUUGAUAGUGUACUUUCUUGGCCACUACCUACAACAGUGAAGAGUCUAAGAGGAUUUCUUGGAUUGGCAGGGUAUUAUCGAAAAUUUGUGAAGAACUUUGGUAAGAUUUGUACACCUUUAACACAGCUGUUGAAAAAUGAUGCAUUCUUAUGGACUGAGGAAGCUACUUCUGCUUUUCGAGCAUUGCAACAUACAUUAACAACUACACCUGUUUUGAUACUUCCUGACUUUACGAAAGAAUUUUAUCUAGAAUGUGAUGCAUCAGGAACUGGUUUGGGAGAUGUUUUAAUGCAAACUGGUCGACUAAUUGCUUACUAUAGCAAGGCAUUGGCAGGUAAGAAUCUUAAUCUUUCUAUUUAUGAUAAAGAGAUGCUUGCAAUUGUCUCUGCAGUCCAAAAGUGGAGACCAUAUUUAUUGGGCAGGCAUUUUAAAAUUUACACUGAUCACAAUAGUUUGAAGUAG